AUGGAUUAAACUGUUGUUGAUUAAUUGUCUUUAGAUGCCAUACCCUACUACCAAGAAUAAUUGUUUGGAGCACUCUCUCUGGUUUUGGAACUCUAAAAUAAAAUUGAAGCUGAGAGUGAGAUCACAGAAAACAUCGUCGUUAAAAUCCAAGAUGACAACAAAAAUGAAAUCUAUCAACAUGUUCUGGAUUUCGAUGAAUAACAAAUAGAUGAUGUAAUAUAAGAGAUGAAUGAAAAAUGUUUAUCACAAUUGGAAGAGAUCGAUUAAGAGACAUGCAAAUAGGAUGAGCAUAUAUUCACUAUGAAUUAGAAAAUUGAUGAAUUGGAAGAUACCAUUUGCCAAUGCAUGACCCAAACAAACAAGGAUCAAGUGGUCUUAAAUCAACUCACCAAUUGCAUCAAGGAUAAGCAAAUGCUACUCUAGGACAUUAAUUUGGAAAUCAAAGAACAAGAGCAGAUUAAUAAGCAGAAUCAGUAAAUUAUUAAGAGAAGAAUGAAAUAAGAAAAAUUAAAGCAAUAAGAACUAGAUGAGAAGAUGCUCUUGAAAUAAAAGAAACAAGAGUAGAAACAAUUAUUGAAAGAGAAAAACGCCAAGAAUGAAGAGCUCCUAAUGUUAUAAUUGAUUGAGGAGAAGCAAAGACUGCAAUAUGAAUUAGAUGAAUUGAUCUAUGGGUAGGAAUAGAAGGUGUAAUAACUACUGAGUUAAAUGGAAACCACUGUAAUGGAAGAAGAUGAUAAGUCUGUUGUCACAUCGGCAGUCUUGAGGGAAAGCUCCAAUAAAUCACAUUAUGAAAGAAGAGAAAUCUAAGAACAACCAAAAAGCAGAACAUGUUGUGGAGAGUGUACAAUUUUCUGA